UUGAAACUUUCUCUUCAAUUGAACCACGGGCUGUAAAGAAACUUAGCUAAUUAAGUUUACUUUGAUUAUAGCCACAAACUUUUUUUCCAUUACCUAAAUACUCCGUGAAUAUAUUGAAAAAUCUUGUUCUCAAAUGGCUAUAUACAUAUGAUAUUAAUCUAUGUAAAAGACAUUGCAAUUGUAAUGGGAUUUAAUUGCUACUCAUCAAGUCAUUUACUCUAUAGAUCAUAUCUUGGUUUAAUUCUAAAUCAUGGCAAAAACCUCUUGCCCCAUUGAAUUGGAGCCAAGGACCUUGAAUGAAGUGGAGCUAUCCCAAGCUAGGGAACUAGCUGCAGAGGUGGUACAAAAGUUGGAACCAAAUGAAGCAUCAGCUCUUUUUGUUGAGGGGAUUAUUAUGCAUCCAAUAAAGGAGGAGGCUACAAUUAUUGAUGAAAAUGAAAGCCAUAUUGAGAAAUUAAUUGAUAUCACAAAGAAGGAAGAGACUAUCACUCAUGAGGAAGUUUGCCAAUGUCAAUGCUCUAUUGAAAGCCAAAGUUAUACUAUUACCCUAAAAGAGCCUCUUUCUGCACCAUUUUGAAUUUAUGUGCUGCUCAUGGAAUUUUAUGUCAUAUGCCAAUAAAACUCUCCCUUUUUAUUUUGUUGCUAAUAUUGCAACUUGCUAAUAAAAUAACUAUAGCUCAAAAAAAAAAAAAAAAACUAUAGCUCUGAUUGUACCAUUGGAAUUUUUUUUGUAUUUUUUUUUCUAUUGGUUUUUUUUCCCAUCAUUACUGGAUGAAAAACUUUAAUUUGAAGACUUUCUCAAUUCUAUAUUUCACACAUCUUCAAUCAAUAUUUUUGAAGCAAACUAAGAGUCUACUAUAAUAGAUAAAUAGUUGUGACACGGCAAUGUCAUGAUUUUAUGUAAUUUUUUUAUAAAUUUAUAUUAAUUUUGCAUCGUAACAGCCACAAUGUAAAUAAUGUGCAUCGCAACAACAAUAAGUCAAUAACAAUUGAGUUUAA